AUGAGCCAUCUGUUAGGUCGUCAGGACUGCAUCGACAGCCUUCGUAGAGAUCUUAUUGACUUACAGGGAGCUCUUCUGGAUGUUUUCUCAAAGACUGGACCUGUUCGUUUCCCAUCAUGGAAGUUUCCUGAUAAACUAUCAUGUAACCUGGACUUGGUCAGACUUUUGGAAGAAUAUGAUUAUGUGGAGGACGAUGAAGAGUUUAGUCAGCACUCCCACAUAGUCCUGCAAGAGUUGCUGAUUGACAGAUUAAUGCUUCUUCUUCAGAGUUUUAACGUUCAUGCUGAGCUCUUACUUGAAAAGCAGCAACCUCUAUCACUUGAUCCAAAUGAAACCUCUGUUUCCAUUGGUCCUGUGGUCAAACGCUACUGGAAAAACCUGCUUCAGCUCAACAGUCAACAAAAACAAGAGAGCUCCUGCAGUGGAAAACAACAACAAAGUCCCUCCAUUAGCAAAGCAGCUCCAAACACUCCAACUACACUUAAAACACAAAGCGCCUCUAUGAGUAGCAUCCAUAAAGCCUCCUCAAGUAGCCCAGCUUUUACUCUCCAACAUGGACCUUCACUCUCCAGUGUCUCGACCCACACUGUAAGCUGUCAGACAGUAGAGUCUGCGCUGGUGCCUUGUGAGGCCUGUGCUUGUGUCCAGGCAGUGUUGAAGGAGAACAGUGAUGCUGUAGUGUCUCUGUGCCAGUCUUUGGGUUUGCCUUGCUCUAUGCAGGGCUUCCUGGAAGCGGUUGAGGAAACGCAGCAGCUGGGCUGCUUGUCUGCCUGUGACAUUUCCCAGUGGGCAAGUGAGCAACGUAGGGAUAUGAGCCGUGUGGGGAAACAUGUCCUGGAGGUUAGGGAAACUGUUGAGCCACUGAAAAAGAAAGUGAAAGAGACAGAGAUGGAGCGAGAGAAGCUGAGGAAACAGCUAUCAGAGACAGUGAAUAGAGAGAAGGAGGAAAGGAGGAAGAUGGACGAGCAGUGGGAGCGCAGAAUGCAGGAGGUGAAGGUCAAGAGUGAGGAAGCAAUGAGGAGAUUAAAGCAGGAGCAGGAGGAGUUAAAGAGAGGUGUGGCAUUGUUGGAAGACAGAAAUUCUGAACUCACAGUACAAGUGAAAUUGCAGACCGAAGCAAAGCAAAGUCUUGAAUUUGAGAGGAAUGUUCUACAGGAGGAAGUCAAUCGUUUACAUUCAAUUGAAACCAUGUUAAAAAAGGUUGAAGAGAGCAGGCAAAACCUGGAGAAGGAGCUUAGAUCUACACAGACACUGCUGGACAAAGAGAGAGGCAAGAAUCACAGUGUGCAGCACCAACAUGAGGCACUUCAGGUGAAACAGACAGCUCUGCGGAAACAUUUGGAUGUGCUGGUUCAGCAGACUGAAGUACUCCACAGCAGUCUGGAAGAAUGUGAGGAUGAAAAAGCUGAUUUUGGCAACAAACUCACACAGAUCAUCCGAGAAAAAGACACACUUCAGGAGCAACUCACUUACCAACAAUCCCAGAAUAGUUCACUGUGUACUGAGAAAGAGAGGCAGCAGACACAGAUCACAGAACUGGAGGAAAGAGUGUCUCGUCUGGAAGGGAUGUUAGAAGAAGCUGUUCAGCGAGAGAGACUACUGGUGGCCUUUCCUGAGCUCAGUCCACAAGCAGCACCACAGACUACAGGUGAUGUGAUGUGUGAUAUGGAGCACCAGCUGAGGGCAAACUUAGUGAGGAUCAGAGUUCUUCAAAAGGAGAACUCGUCUCUGAGCAGCAGUCUCGUCAGACUAAAGGAAAGAGAGGAAAAUCAAAAGUCUUCAGACUCUGGGAUGGUAGAGAUGGACAUGAGGAUGGAAUCUCAAGUGAUGGAAUCCCUGGACAACUCUAGUGCCUCUUCUGCCAUAUCCUCUCCCUCUUCUCCUUCAUCAGUUCUUCAUCAUCAGACUCUCUACCUUUCUCUCCAUCAAGAUGUAGAAGAAAGAUAUAAGAACAUUCGUCAGGCUGCUCGCAUCCGCUCUGCUGGCACACGCCGCAGACGGAAGUGA